CACUUUUCAAUCUUCAUUCAUCAUCAGCAAACCAAAAUGAUCAAAGUUUCACUCUCAGAUCUCUGCAAUUCCAACAUGGAAACGAUGGUUGCAGCUAAAAACACCAGCUAACGGUCUUUUUUGAACCUUUGCUCUCAAGGAAGUGAGACACAAUCGCUCACUGUCUUACUUUCCUCUGUGUCAAAAUCCGUCAAACUUGGCUCAGCUCUUCUCUUAUUUAUAUAUCAACCGCCUAACCCACCCACCUAAUGUAGACUCUCUCUCACACGUCUUCGGUUCGAUCUCUCCACUUUGCUGCCACCCUCUUCUCUCUUUGGCCUCAAGCAACAUCGGCAAACUACUGCUCACUCUCUCCCAUAAUGACUCUCGGCAGUGUCCCGUUGACUACUACGGAUAUUCAAAUUGUGGAUGGAGCUCAAAGAAAUUCCACGCUAAUCUGUGCUCCAGUAAUGGGAGAAUCAGUUGAUCAAAUGUUGGUUCAAAUGAAAAAGGCCAAGGAACUUGGGGCUGACCUUGUUGAAAUUCGGGUGGAUUUCUUAAAAAAUUUCAGUCCUAGACAGAAUCUUGAGGUCUUAGUCAAGCAAAGUCCUUUACCAACUCUUAUCACUUACAGACCAAAAUGGGAAGGUGGUCAGUAUGAUGGCAAUGAAAACAAGCGUCAAGAGGCGCUACGUCUGGCAAUGGAACUGGGAUCAGAUUUUAUUGAUGUUGAGCUAAAGGUAGCUCAAGAGUUCUUCAGUUCCAUUCAAGGGAAGAAACCUGAAAAGGUAAAGAUUAUAGUUUCUUCUCACAAUUAUGACCGUACUCCAACCGUAGAGGAGAUUGGUGAGCUUGUUGCCAGGAUACAAGCUACUGGAGCUGACAUUGUGAAGAUUGCAACAACUGCUUUAGACAUCACGGACAAUGCACGAAUGUUUCAAGUGCUGGUACAUUCACAAGUCCCAAUGAUAGGACUUGUUAUGGGUGAGAGAGGCCUCAUUUCCAGGAUCCUUGCAGCAAAAUAUAGAGGAUUUCUCACUUUUGGUUCAAUUGAGGCAGGAGUAGUAUCUGCUCCUGGGCAACCAAGCAUUAAGGAGCUGUUGGAUUUGUAUAAUAUCAGAUUAAUAGGAGCUGAUACCAAAAUACAUGGUGUUAUUGGGAACCCUAUUGGUCACAGCAAAAGCCCUCAUCUCUACAAUGCAGCAUUCAAGUCAGUUUGUUUUAAUGGAAUUUAUCUGCCUCUUUUGGUUGACAAUGUUGCGAAUUACAUAUCUACAUUUUCGUCUCCAGACUUUGUUGGAUACAGUUAUACAAUUCCUCACAAGGAAGCUGGACUUAAGUGUUGUGAUGAGGUCGAUCCAAUUGCACAGGCAAUAGGAGCUAUUAGUUGCAUGAUCAGAAAACCAACUGAUGGGAAGCUAAUGGGAUAUAAUGUUGACUAUCUUGGAGCCAUAGGAGCUAUAGAAGAGGCACUGCAAGGAUCAAAUGGUAGCCCUGCUUCUGGUUCCCCCUUGGCUGGUAAACUCUUUGUUGUCAUGGGAGCUGGUGGAGCUGGAAAGGCCCUUGCUUAUGGUGGUUACGAGAAAGGAGCAAGAGUAGUUGUUGCUAAUCGCACUUACGAGAAAGCCAAAGAACUUGCUAGUAAAGUUGGAGGAGAAGCAAUGACUCUAGCUGAGUUGAAAGAGUUUCAUCCAGAAGAGGGAAUGAUCCUUGCAAAUACCACUUCUGUUGGAAUGAAACCGAGAAUCCACGAUACCCCACUUCCUAAGGAAGCUCUGAAGCACUACUCCUUGGUCUUUGAUGCAAUUUACACACCAAAAAUGACCAGGCUCUUAACAGAAGCACAGGAAUCUGGAGCCACUAUUGUUUACGGAACCGAGAUGUUCAUCAAUCAAGCAUUUGUACAGUUUGAAAGAUUCACUGGUUUUCCUGCACCAAAACAAUUAAUUAGGGAUGUGUUGGCAAGAAACACAUGAGAAGAAAAUUUUCUGAGUGAAUCUCUUCUUGCAGCUGAAUUUAAAUUUUGUUUUUCCAGUAUAUUGCAAUCAGCAGCUAUUCAAUUGUUUUCUUUUAUGAAUAAACUUAAUGUUGAUGGAAGAACCUUCAAAUGAAUAUUGAUAGUUGUCAAA